CUUAUCAACACUUAUAAACACUUAAAGGGGGGGUGUCAGGAGGAUGGGGCCAGGCUCUGCUCAGUGGUGCCCGGGGACAGGACAAGGGGUAACGGGCACAGACUUGACCAUGGGAAGCUCCACCUAAACACGAGGAGGAACUUCUUUGAGGGUGGCAGAGCCCCGGCACAGGCUGCCCAGAGAGGUGGGGGAGUCUCCGUCUCUGGAGACAUCCCCAACCCGCCUGGAGGCGUCCCUGUGCCACCCGCUCUGGGUGACCCUGCCCUGGCAGGGGGUGGAGGAGAUGAUCUCCAGAGGGCCCUUCCAGCCCUAUGAUUCUACGAUACAGUCGAAGAAAAAAAACCAGUUCCGGGAGGCGCAGAAGUCAGGUUGCAGCUCCAAGCUGCACAAACAGUUUGAGACACACGCUGCCAAAGCACGCCCGGUGUCUGCCCAACCCCGCUCCGUUCCCCGCAGCCUGGCACCCCCUCGCUGUUUUGCCUGGGCUGAGCUAAAGCAGUUUCCAGUCUUAAAACCCUCCGCGUCCAGGGAGCUCCCCGGUACCUGCAAACGCAUCCCGAGCGCUCUCUGCAUCCCUCAGAGAUCCGUCCUACUUCCGGAGGCGUUUGGGCUCGCAGGUUGGGCAAGUCCACCGCAGAGCGUAGGUAACGCUGUGAUUUUAUCAGAAGCGGGAAAAAAAUAAGUGGUUAGUCUAAGGAACGCGGGAACGGCUCAUUUAGUAAGGCUCUCGCAAAGUAAACGGGCAGAAAACAGAGCCUGUGUGCUGCCACCUAUCUUAUUCUCAGUCAGCUCGCCGACCCCACCAGUAUGGACCGUUUACUCACUGGAAGGGGCUUUAACAGGUAUUUAGAAGUAUGAAACAGAGACCAGCCUUUUACCCACCUGUGCGAUACCCUCUUUUAAAAAAAAAAUACGAAAUCGCGUCUCUCAGCACACAGAGCCCUUCAAGCCCCUGGGAUUCUUUGUGCCGCCCCCACAGAUCCCGCUGCGCUCAGCACCUGGAGAUUGCUUCGCCACACGAAGAAAAUGCACUUGAGUUUUCAAAACAAGCCGUUUUGGGAAAGCCUGCAUUUAAAAAACGGCCUGGAGGACUGGGACAUGGCAGAGGAGCUCAAACUCACCGUCACUGCUGAAAGGUCUCUGAAAGGAGCUGGCGGUCAGCCCCACCUGUGGAUGUGGGUGAAGCCCAGCCUGGUCUGCCCCAUCCCCGGGAGCUCCGGCACAGCCCCGGCCGGAUCCCACAGCCCGGUGGUCACGGGUGCCACGGAAACCUCCUCUCCGAACACAUCCUGGGACAACGCCAAGCCGGACUGCUCCGAGGAGGACGCGCUGCCAGCCUCCAGCCGGGCUGGAAAGCUUACUGAGGAGGAAGAGGCCUCACGCGUGGACAUCCCAGUUCCUCAGGAGAUGCCGGAAACUCCCGAACAACAGGCGAUGCCAAUGCCUUGGAAAUCUGUGGUCCUCAGAGCUCAGAGCGUGAAGCUCAAGCGCUCCAGGCGGACGACCCCCAAAAUCAAGGGAGGCUGGCCCCGUCCCCCCCUGAAUUACUGCAUCCUCAUCACCCUCGCCCUGGGCAACAGCGCAAGUGGCAGCCUGACCGUACAGCAGAUCUACCACUUCACACGGCAGCACUUCCCAUUUUUCAAAACGGCCCCCGAGGGCUGGAAAAGCACGAUCCGGCACGACCUGUGCUUCAGCAGCUGCUUUGAGAAAAGCACUGGCUUUGCGUUUGGAGAGGGAAACCGCAAGUCCUGCCUGUGGAAACUGACCCCAGAAGGACGCAGGACGUUCCAGGAGGAAGCCCAGGCUCUGCCCGAAGAGGCUCUCAACCUGCCGCGCCACAGCAGGAGCGACCCGGGUAGGUGUCAGCGGGCGGGCGCCCCGCAAAAAGCAGAGGGAGUCGUCAGGCUGUGGUGGGAGGGUUACGGGUGAGCACCCGAACACUGGGGUCUGGGAAACACCACCAGACGCUCAGGGACCCCUGUAGUGAUACCCCCACAAGCAGGGCUGGGCCACCUUCUGUAAUGAAACCAACUCAGCGGGAGAAACACCAGACUGCGUUAAAUCAGAGCCCUCACCUCACUCCCGCGUUGCUCAGCAAUGCGAUACCUCUCAGCUUAACGGGGGUAGGAACCGAGGCCGUAGCAUCAGUGCCCGAGCUGUCGUUACAGCCCAAUUAACUGUUGCGACUUCUCUCUCCAUAUCUUUUGCAGAUCUCGUGGGAUCUCUGUUGGGCCUAUGAUUCCUUCUGGCUCCCUGCUCCUGAAACACGUGCCAUGUCUUUUCAAACCAGGCUUGUUUUCUUGGGUGCUGCCGCAGGUGGCUUCCCACGAACUGCACGUGGAAAUUAUGGGCAUCGUGACAUAAGGGCUCAAGCUCAGAAGGUGGGGAGGAGAAAGAUGACCAGUCUCAUUUCCUUCAGAAAGGCAAGUUUUCUCUGCAGCUGCACACAUCUGAAGUUGCGGAGCCGUUUUGGCAUGCGGCACCCGCUACGACUUCAACACCAAGUCCUCCACCCAAGCUGUUGCCCUGCGCAACGUUCUUGCGGUGGGGAGGACUAAGCUGCAGGAGAAGGUCGGGCUGUUCCCUAACCGAGGGUCCCAGCCCGAGGCCAGGGGCUGAGCAGAGGCGGCGUGAGCCGGCAGAGUGAGAGGAGCCCCCGCCACGCAGAGGUUAUCCCAGGCUGCUGUAACACCAGCAGGCGCGGGAUCCACAGAGCUGCUGGGCCGGCUGCUUUGCAGAGCGCGCGGAACCUCUGCAACGCUCCCUCGGCAGAAAUCAGCGAGUGCUGCAGAGUGCGAGGAGGGAGAGCGUGAUCUCAGGGAGGCAACGAAGGGAAAAACCAGCCAGUCGGGGCUUGCUGCUGUGCUGUUCGCUUACCCGCUUCUCCAGCAAGAGGCAGGAAAAUCAGGUCCCCAGGCCAGAAUGCAGGCAGGUACCAGGUGUCUAGUGUUCGAGAAGAGCAGAUUUGUCACACCUUCGUCCUGGCUGCUGCGGCAGUUGCUGGAGUAGCAGCGUGGUGGGUCCGGUUACGUCCAUGAUGAGCAGCAGGAGCCGGGGCGCCCGUCACAGGGACAAACAGCACAGAGCCAUGACACGAGCUCUGGAGCCCACUGCGGGGCUGUACCCAGACCUGACCCACAGGGCGAAGGUGCCGCGGGACGACCCGGCCCGACACGCUCGGCAGGGCUGGCUGGGGCACCCCGCGGAUCAGCUCCUUUCACGCCAGAGCAUAAAAACAGACAUGUUAAAAGUGAACCGAUGCCCAGGCUCAGGUCUAAGCGCAGGUACUGGGACAGGGCGGGUCUGGUCGGCCGGGCACUAACACCACGCGAGCCACGGCACGAGCCGGAGGGAGGGAGAGGAUGGCUGUCAGCCCCACGCAGGGCGGCACAGGCUGUCUGUCCUUCUGUCUGCCUGAGUGCGACCUGAUCCACGGCCAACGGUCUUUGGAGGCCUGGCUGCGCUGGAUGGCGGCAGGGAGAUAACCUGGGCGCUGCAGUUCAGGUGCUCUCCUUCAGUGGCGUCAGGCUGGGCCACGAGCACCCUCUGCUCCGACUGAAUGCAAAAAAAACCCCAAACACAAAAACGGGUUUUGGCAGAGCUGUGGAUGGGCAGGAAAACGAAGGUGUCAGACCAAGGCUACCAGACAGACUGGUGAAAAGGCAGGUGGUGGGGUGUCAGCACGUUCUGGGGAUGUACGACGCGUCUCCAGAGAGCGUUCGUAACCAUCACUGAAUGGUUUGGGUCGGAAGGGACCUUAAAGCCCACCCCGUGCCACCCCCUGCCCCGGGCAGGGACACCUCCCACCCGCCCAGGCUGCUCCAAGCCCCGUCCAACCUGGCCUUGAACCCCUCCAGGGAUGGGGCAGCCACAGCUGCUCUGGGCAGCCUGGGCCAGGGGCUCACCGCCCCCACGGCCAAGAAUUUCCUCCUCGGAUCUCAUCUCAGUCUUUCCGUUUCAAAGAGGGGGGUCUCCCCCCUCGCCCCCCUGCCCAGGCUGCGG